AUGUCCCGGUUUGCCAUAUCCCCCUCCCCCGCAUGAGCCAAAAUCACAUACACUAAUUAACCAUUUGCCUUUGCCAGGGUGCCAAUCACUUCACUCCUGGCUCCGGACACGCCCAGCGUCGAGCGAUUCACUCUUCACGGGAGGACAUAUUGCAAGUUCCAAGACGAAGUCUACAAUUUCCCAGCAGAUGACGUACGGAGCACCUGCCCGACAUCCUGCCCGCUCUGGCUAACCACGCUGCAGACCGAAUUCGAACGACUGGACAUCAUGCAUCAUCUAAUCUAUCUCGUCGCCCUGAACAAGCAGUUACACCUCGCCACUCUCAGAUCAAGUCCCAGGAGAAUUCUCGAUGUCGGUUUUGGUACAGGCUUCUGGAUGUUCGACAUCGAGAAGAUGUACCCCUCCGCUGAGGUAAUUGGUAUCGAUCUGGAAAACCAAAUCGGUGCCAACCCGGGAAGGACGGGUUGCAUCUUCAAAGCUCCCGUCGAUUUCAACUCUUCGCCAUGGCCAAUUGAAGAUGCCUCGGUGGAUCUGGUGCACAUGGCUCAGCUCUGUGGAUGUGUGGCGGACUGGCAACAGCAGUACGGCAAGGCAUACAGAUGUCUGCGGCCGGGAACCGGCCAGAUCGAGCACGUUGAAGUUGACUGGACUCCUCGAACACAUGAGUCACAUUACCCGGCUGCCGCUAUUGACGUGCACAAUUGGUGGUAUUGGAUGUGCCAAGCUUCCAGCCAGUCGGGAAAGCCCAUGGCCUACCGAGAAGAUACGGAAGAUCUGCUGGAGCAUGCGGGCUUUGUAGAUGUGGCACACAAGCGCAUUCGCGUCCCGCUUUUCGUUCACAGCGCUCGGAAGGACCAACGAGAAUGGGCUCUGGCUCAUGGAUAUCAAGUCGCCAUGGGCCACGAAGAGACGGAAUCAUUCACGGGCCUAAGCAUGCUGCUCUUCACCCGAUAUCUGAACUUUUCGCCCGCACAGGUGCUGGAGGUCUGCAACCGGGUUAAGGGGGUCAUUGGACAGAAAGAUCUCCCUCUGUACAUCAACCUGUAAGUCUGUGAUGCCGACGGAUGGUCGAUCAGCUGCGUGCAGCUUGGAGAGACUGCGAGGGCUAAGCUGAUGUGAAACAGCCACGUAUGGACCGCGCGGAGGCCCCAAAGCUGA